UGUUAUAUCGAUGUAUCGAUGUUUCAAUUUGAAAAUGAAACAUCGAUGUUCGUAAACCGAUGUUCGAUGUUUUCGCAAAUUUUGUACCAUCACUUAGUAAUUGCACGUGGAACGAAAGUGGCUUUUGGUGUUGGCAGGCAGUGAUUGAAAUGGAGCGGUUUGUAGAAAGUUCUAGUGGCAAAGUUUCAAAGACGAGCUCAAAGGAGGUGGAAGAAGAAAACCCAGCAAAAAGAACAAGGUACGGUCAGUCAGCUGUAUGGCAAUUUUUUAACAAAUCAAAGGAUGGCAGUUCAGCUAAAUGCAUUCAGUGUGGAAAAACAUAUAUAACAUGUGGCAAUACCACUAAUUUGGCUGGACACCUGAAACGGAUGCAUCGAGGAUUAACUGUUAGCGAGCUUCCGAAAUCUUCAGGGUCUAUUUUGUCCUUCAUUGAAAAAAAAUACGAAGCAUCUUCCGCUAGGAAAAAGAGUCUUGAUAGCUCACUAAUGCACUAUAUAUGCUCCGACAUGCGACCGUUCUCAGUUGUUGAAAACAAAGGAUUUCGUAAUUUUGUCAGUACAUUGGAUCCUCGCUACGAGCUGCCUUCUCGUAACAAAUUGAGAAACACAUGCAUGCAAGACUUUUACACAAAUAUGAAAGACAAAUUACACUGUAUUCUGGACCGAGUGGACUAUUGCGCUAUAACAACAGAUUGCUGGACGUCACGGGCUAACGAAAGUUAUAUGACAGUCACUUGCCAUUUCAUCAAUGACAACUUUGAGCUAAAAGCAGCUGUUUUGUCAACCAAAAAUCUCAUUGACGAAACCAACCACACGUCGCAAAAUAUUGCAAAUUCUUUGCGCGAAGUCCUUGUGGAAUGGCAAGUUAUUGACAAAGUCAGCGCAAUUGUUACAGACAACGCGAGGAACGUUGUAAAAGCAUGUGAGAUUCUACAAAAGCGAAACGUGCCUUGCUUUGCUCAUUGCAUUAAUUUAAUUGUCCAAAGCUGUUUUUCCCUUGAAAAUAUUAAGACAAUUAUGGGAAAGUGCAAAAGCAUAGUUUCGUUUUUCAAGAGCAGCUCAAUAGCGUAUGCAAAAUUUAAGCAAGCCCAGGAACCAAUGAAGCCAUAUAGUCUAAAACAGGAGUGCCCUACAAGGUGGAAUAGUGCUUUCUACAUGAUUGAGCGCAUUUUGGCCACAAAGUCAGCUAUUGCUAAAGUCCUGUUAGAUACUCCGAAAGCAAUACUACCUCUAUCAGUUGAUGAGCUAUCUGUUCUGGAAGAUUUAAAGCAGGUUCUUUCACUAUUCGAGGAUGCGACGGUACAAACAUCAUUCAGCUCUAAUGUAACAGUUUCGCUAAUUAUACCAUUGGUUAGCGGACUUUUGCAUAAUUUGAGUGAAAUCAAAGAUCGACUAGAAACUGAUGAUGGCCGUAACGUAUGCAACUUGCUAAUGGAAGGCAUACGGCAAAGACUACUGCCAUAUGAAAAAAGAACUGUGACUCGUUUGUCGACAUUACUGGAUCCGCGUUUUAAAAAGGAGGGUUUUUUUUCAAAUACAAACUCUAUAGAAGCCGAAAAAUUUUUAGAAAAUGAACUUUCGCCACUUUACAAAGAAAAUCACCCUCCAAAUAUAUCUAGCCUGCCAACACCACUAUGCGAUAAAACUCCACUUCUUAAUUUUUUGGAAAAAAACAAAACUCAAAAAAUUCGUAAUUCCCGAGUUGAUUCGAUUUUGACCCUUCGUCAAUACUUCAACAUGGAAAAUAUAAACUCUAGUUUAAACCCUUUAGACUACUGGAAGAUCUCGACUGAUGAGCCAUUGAAGAUGAGCUCAAAAAAAUAUCUCUGCGUACCGGCUACGUCAACUGAAAGUGAGCGUAUGUUCAGCAAAGCAGGUUUAAUAGUGAGUGAAAAACGAAGUUCACUAAAGCCAAAAAAUGUGGAUAUGCUGGUUUUCCUAAAUAAAAAUGAAUGGAUCUCAAACAACUGAUAAGUUGAGUCAUUAUAUUUUCAUAAUUUAAUUUGUUUGAAAAACUCACAAAACUGUUAUGUUAAGUUAUCAUUAUAUUUUGGAUAUUUCAUUUGUUUUUAAAAGCUUUAAAUAGUGUUAAGUUAAGUAAUAAUA